ACUCCCUACGCGUGGCCUCGCGAGCUCCACCUCUGGAUUGCCGCUGCCCCCCCCCACCCCACCCCGCGGAGUUCUCCAUUCGUCGGGGGGAGAUCGGCCGCCGGCGCGACCGGGGGUCACCAUUGGCCCGCGCUCAACACCACCAGGCAGGCAGGCACUUUUCCAGAGCCUUUUUCUUGCGAUUCAGGGAGGAGGGCAACAUUUUUGUCUCUUGAUGCUUUAGAAGCAUUGUUCUGCCAGUACUGAUGGAAGCUAAGGGCAUGAACGACCGGGAUACUUUGAUCGAUUUGGAGAGCGGGAACAACCUUGUUAUUAGCGAGUAUAGCCAUGGAACGGAUGCUAAUUUUGGAGUAGGCUUAGCAAGAACAGCAUCAAAUGGUGCGUCAAAUUUGGCCACCAAGGACGACCAGAAUCAGCACAUGGAUUGCUCCCAGCCAUCUACGGAAGCUGCUGCCAGGAAUGGGGAUGACAGGAAGUCUGAGGGGGAGGAGAAGCUGGGCCUUUUGGAUAGCUCUGGAGGCGAGAAGGCAAAGAAGAAGCGGUCAAAGAAGCCGCCGCGCCCACCGAGGCCACCCACGGUUCUGCCGUUGGAUGCCUCUGACCAGAAGCUCCUCAAUGAGUUGAAUGAGCUCGCUUUGUUGAAGCGGGCAAGGAUCGAGCGGAUGAAGGCUUUGAAGAAGAUGAAGAACGCCAAACAUUCCUCAACUAGCAAUUUCUGUCCCAUGAUCGUCACCAUUAUCUUCUGCCUCGUCAUACUCUGGCAAGGAUUUUUCUCAAGGCAAGCGGCAGGAGUAAGCUUCCAUGGAUCGCCUGAAUCUUCAGUUAGAGAACAUAACAGUCUGAUCUCAAUUCGGUUCUACAAGAACCGUUCUAGCAUCAGACCUCAAAGUUUGACAUCUGCUGCUCCUAACAACUUAGAAAUGCGCCACCGAGGCUGGAGAUCCUUAGCAAAUGCCGAGAGGCUGCGGCAAGAACACGCUGGCCGAGCAUGACCCCUGGGCGGCACCAAGACAGCUGUUGCCGUGGCGCACGCUGCCCUGCUUGCCAUUUUGAAGCUCACCACGGCAGGCCGAUGUAAAUCUGUGGGACUGUUUAACGCCCCUCGAGGCGCCUCGCUGUAAAUGAACCCUCUAGUGUGUGUUCUGCGUGCGUGUUCCUCCGGGUUCCAUGCUGCUAACCAGUGGACUUUCCUGUGGUAAUGGCACCUGGUAAGUCUCUUCAGAGCAAGCUGUAUGAUGAUUACAAUAAUAAGGCUUGCGAGUGAUAAUAAUCUA